CACAGGGCCAGACCAGGGACCGACAGGAGCCCCGGACCCAACCCGGGACUCGCGUCCUCACUGUCCAGCAGGGGCCGCCCUGGCCCAGAGCUCCCGGGACCCACGCGUCUGCGGGAGGGGAGGGGACAGGCGCGAAGGGCCAGGAGACGGGAGAGAGAGGAUCGGGUUGACUUUGUCAUCACAGCCCAGGCCAGCAGGAGGGACUGGCGAGUGGGAGGGGUUUCACUGCAGCAGCGCGGCGGCGGCGGCGGCGGCGGCAGCAGUGGAGCGGGGCUGGGAUGGAGCAGAGGCUCGCCGGGCACCGGAGGGCAGACUACUGAGUGCGCGCGCUCCCCCGGAGCCGAGCCCCGAACGUUCUGGGCUGUGCGCGCAGCGCCCCGGGGCCUCGGAAGAGAUCGUCCGGGAGCGGAGAAGGAGCCUUUCGCAGGGGGGGCACUCUCUCCACGCGGGAGGAGGAGCUGGAACUUCGAGGGGAGCCCAGGCCAGAGCCCCAGGGGUACCAUGGUGUGCCACACUCUCUUUACCCUGCUCGUCUUCGCGACAGGUUUAAAAGUACAGAGUCUGCCCACUUCAACCACCUUUCCUGUUUCUCUUCCGGCAAAAUUUACUACAUUAUCUUCAAUCUGGACCGAUCCUCCACAAAAUACUGUUGAUGUUACCACCUCCUCCAGCAAUAACACACAGAAUAACACAUUGCUGACAGUGACAUUAUCAGCUGAGACAACUCCACUUCCUGGAAAUAUAUCAGUAAUACCAGGAGACCCGGAGAGCACCAGCAAAGCCUCCACACAAGAAUCAACAGUUACUGCAGUGGGUCAAGAGCAAGAAGGAACAGCCCAAACCCAAUCCUCAGUCAGAACAUGGCCAACAAGCAGCCAAAAUGAGAUUACAUCCACCCUUGCAGGACUUGGCUCCACAACACCAAAAACCAGCAAUGAGACAGAAGCUGUAAGUACAGCUUCCCCUCCUCUGUCAGACACAGAAGCAGUCACCUCCUCCCAGGCUUCAUCUUCAUUGCCAUCUUGGUCACCUCCGAAGGUGUCCUCCACCAGUGUAGUCACAAACUCCAUCACAGCUAAAAGCACGACCCACAAAGAGAGCAGUGAAGAAUUCUUGGGAACUCCCACAGCUACCCCCCAUGGAGCUCACCUGCAUCCUAACGGGACAACGACUUUUCCUGCUUCAUCUGGGCCCAAGAUGGAAGAGACAACUUCUCAAGUGACCCUGCCAAACUACGAGGUGGAAGGGACGGAUGGUAAUACGGUGUCUCCUCGGAUAAUCAUGGAAGAAGUCGAACACGCAUUAAGUUCAGGAAGCAUUGUAGCCAUUACUGUGACGGUGAUUGCAGUGGUGUUGCUGGUAUUUGGAAUAGCCGCCUAUCUGAAAAUCAGGCAUUCUUCCUAUGGAAGGCUGCUGGAUGAUCAUGACUACGGAUCCUGGGGCAAUUAUAACAACCCACUUUAUGAUGAUUCCUAACAGAGGAAUACUGAAUGGGACAAGACAUAUAUGUUCUUUAAUUUAAAAGUGCUUAUCCAGUAGCAUUAAUGCUAAUUACCUGAUAUGCAUUCAAUGACAAUCCUGUGGCCUGUUUUGUUGGUUUUAUUGUUUGUUUGUUUUUUAAUUUUUAUUUUUCUUCUCUUCUGGUUUCUGUUUCCCUUCUCUUUAGGGGGGAAAAAAGAGCUAUCAUUUUUAGGUGAAUCCAAACUAAAUCUCAACUGAAUGAGACAACAUGGAAGAUCAGACCACCCUGGCUGCUCUGGAGAAAGGAUAUACUUUUAGAGGAGCAAAGAUGGCUUUUAUGUGGGAAAUCAUAUUAAAUCUCCAUAAAAGAAAGCCAGAGAAAAUGAUCACUAGAGGGGUUUUCAUCUGCAGAAGCUCAUGUUUCUCCAAUUCCUUUUUAAUCCCUGUUUAUCUGGUCCUGGAUCCCAGCUGCAGCUCUGCAGAAAUGGUUGCAGGCUCUUUCUUCUCCUAAUUAAGGAAUGAUCAAAAUAGAAAGCGCAUGAAAGGAGGGAGCCUGCCGAGGGGCAGAAUUAACAAGUGAGUUUCAGAUCCCAACGUGUUCUUUCUUUCUCUGCUUCACAAGGUGUCUCGGAUUAAAGAUGCCAAAGGCAUCCAGCUUCCUUGGAAACCAUGUGCUUGCAAGCUUUUUGAUGGACCCAAUGAGGGUCCUUUAAGGUAAACUUAAAAAGUCUGAGGCAGAGAGGGAGAUGAGAAAGAGCCCCAGCCCCUCUGGAGUUGAGAGAGUAUUUGGAUUUCAGGGCAUAUGUUGGGGCAGGAUGCGGAAAAGGCUAUCAGAGAGACCUCUGGGUAUGCUGUGGGCUACAGUUUAUGGGAAGAAAUCCACAGCACCCUCUCCACAAGCUCCUGAGGUUGCUGGCCAUGGCCUUAUUGCCUUUCAGUAAUCCAAGGUCAGCCACAGAUGAAUUCUGAAAGCAUUUCUUCAAUUUCUCACCUACAUAGUCCUGUAGAUAGGGUAUUUACAGUGUGAUCAAUUCAUUUCUUGUCCCCUAGUUCCUGCACUCCCUAACUCUCCUCUUAUUCACUGUGUAGACAAGCCAAGGCAUGUAUUUAUUUCCUGCAUAAAGAAACUUGAUUAAAUACCAGCACCUUUUUAAGGAAAAGGAACCAUCAUAGGACAAUGCUCACUUGGAUGAAAUGAGGCCCACACAAAUAAACAGUGUUGUUUUAACAGCAAUUAUUUCCCCUUUGUAGCUUUAAUCACCAUAUUGACUUUUGCAAGGUCCAUAUCCUGGUGAAAUUCAAAUAUACUUUGUACUUGUUUUUAAACAUGUCAUCACCCUUUCUUCUGUGCUAAAUGCAUUCUAAAUUAUAGAGACUGUGAAAUCUGGUCAGGUAUUAUUCCAGUCAGUCCACAAGCAUUUAUUAAAGCACUUACCUCCUGCCAGACAUUGUACUAAACUCUGGAUAUAUGAAGAAAGGCAAAAUUAAUCAUAAAAAUAAUAAAUCCCUGCUCUCAAGGAGCUUACAAUCUAACCCUUGCUGUUGAUAGAUGACAUGUUUGGCGCAUAGGAACUCUGUGGUUCUCCUGUAUCUCUCUGGUCUCCUGCAAAUGAUGUAUUAUACCCCUACACAAUAACGAGGGGUAAUUACCCAAUAUACAGCCUUUCUUCCAUCACUGACCAGAAGUAGAAUUGUUUCCUAAGCUUUCAGGUGCCAAAAUUGACGCUUUACCACCGUAAUCCUUCACUACAAGAAUUUAAUAGGGAUAAAGAUUACAGAAGCUAUUUAUUAAAGAAUAGAGAUUAUUUUUUAAAAAGACGAGAGGAAACAAAGAACCUCCCAUUAGUUAGCUGUCCUUCAUCUAUCUAGUAAUUUUAAAAAACCACAGAUCUUUUUUUCCCUAUUUUAUCUUCUCAUAUUUUCAGGAACAGGAGUAGUUUUCACAUUACUUGUUAGCCAUGGAGCUUCUUGCAUGUUUCUAUUAGGAUCUUUAAAGAAAAAGGAAGAAAGGGCUAAUCCCUAAUCUCAUUUCUUCGGCUCAUUCUUCCCCUAUUCAACACCACCAAUUGGUCUAAAUUUAACAUGUAUGUUCCUCAAAAACAGGGCCUGUUUCAUGUUUCUUUUUAUGUUCCCAACAUCCAACACUGUGCCUGCCAUUGACAGGUAGCUGAUAUAUAAAUUGACUCCCAAGAGUUUGGGCCCUUUGAAGAGCAAGGAAGGAACACCAGAACCCCACUCUGGGAAACAAAAAACAUGUAAAUUAACUUUAGGAUGCCCUUGUAGCAUUUAAGCCAAGAAGUGUCAAUUCCUCUGGAUGUUGGGGUCUGCCCCUGAAGUUUUAAAUAGUCCUGAGAGAGUUCAGACUCUGCCUGAGGAAUCAAUAACAAACAUUUAUUAAGCACUUAUUAUAUGCUAAGCCCCGAGGACACCUAUAAAAAGUGAAAAAAUCUGGCCUGCAGGAAUUUUCAUGCUAAUGAAACAGUAUAUACACAGAUAAAUCCAGAGAUGGAAAGUAGUUUUAAAAUAUAUAGCAGUAGCAGUUAAUAGAACAAGAAAAAAAAAAAAAACUCCUUUAGGAAGAAGCCCUUAAAUCACAUCUUAAAAGAAAACUAGGGAUUCUGAGUUGGAAAUUAGGAAGGAAUGCAUUCCAGUACAGGUACAAAGGCUGAAAAAAAGAUAGGAGGUGGAAUGUAUGUGGCCAAUAUAACUGAACCACAGAGUCUUUGGAGGGGAGCAACAUGUCAGAGAACUGGAAAGAUAGGAAGGGGCCAUAUUGGGUAGAGGUUUAAGUGUCCAAAAGAAAACCACAUUUGAUGCUAGACAUGUGAGAGCCAUUUUGAAAUGGCAUUACAAUUUUAAGAAUAUCCUUUUGGCAGCUGUUAUGGAUGAUGGAUUGAAGUUGGAAGAGACCUGAAGGUGGGAAACUAAUUACAAAGCUCUAGUCCAGAUGAGAGAUAAUAAGGCUAGAUAAUUAGUUUGGAGGCUAUGUGAGUGAGGAAAAGGGAAUAUAUACGACAGAUGGAGAGAAAGAAAUGACUAGAUUUGGCAAUUCAUUAUAUAUGAGGGAAGAGUAGAAGAUGAUAGUAAGAUUGAGGACCCAGAUGACUGGAAGAAUAAGCUUGUCCUUCACAACAAUAAAGAAGUUCCUAAGAUGGGUAGGUUCAGAGGGAAGAUAAUAAAUUCUGUUUUAAACAUGUGGAGCUUAAGAUGUACAUUUGAGUUCAUAGGAGUAACAAUUCCUGCCAAUAGGAUUCAAGAAGCAUCUUUUUUCACUGGAGUAUCUUUUAUGUUGGGUUCCAAUUGUCUUUCAUAUUGGUUUAUCAGUCUAUAGUCAUUUAUUAAGCACCUAUUAAGUGCUAGACAAUGGGGGUAAAAGGAAAGGGAAAAGUCAGUCUUUAUUUUCAAGAAGCUCACAGACUAAUUGGUGAGAAAACAUGUAACUGAUAUAUACAUAUAUCCCACGUGUGUGUAUAUAUAAACACAUAUACAUAUAUGUACUGUGUAUAUACCUAUAUGUCCAUGCGUGUGUACAUAUAUGUAUAUGUUAUAAAUUGGUGACAAUCAGCAGAGGGAAGGCACUAACACUGAAGGGAAUUGGGAAAGACUUCUUGCAAAAGGUGGUAUUUUAGCUGAUAUCUGAAGGAAUCCAGCUCAGAAUGAAGCAAUGGUUGCUCAAGAGAAGAUAUACAUCAAUGGACCUGGGAGCCAGAGAUAUAGAUCAUACACUGAAUGACCGCCUCUCCAAAAAGCCCUAAUAAUAAUUUUCCCUUUUGUGAUUAUGUGAAAGAAUUGAUUUGAUCAUAAAGAUUCUAUCACUGUUAGUGUGUUUUAAGCCAUCUUGACAAAGAAAUGAAACCAGUCCAUCUGUAAUAUGCUGACAAAUGAUAUAACUGGCUUAGGAAGAUAGACUUUUAAGUUCUCUUCACACUAAGGAAAACAUUGUUGGUACAACUGUUUAUUAAGUAGGCAGACAGGUUGAUCUGCCUAGAUCAUCAAGACAUAGGAGAAAUGGAUGUGAUUUUUGGCUCAUUCUAUGUGACCCUACUUAAGGUGCCCACUCCCUGUGUAUUUUUGCCUAUUCAUCUAUAAAAUGGAGUUGAUGUUCAUCUCCAGUCCCCCUUCCACUACCUGCCUCACAGGUAAAUUAUGAGAAUGAAUGAGACCAUGUAUGCAUUGUGUUUUCAACCUCUAGAGAAAAUCACUAUAAAUAUUAAGAGUUAUGUAGGCAUAUAAAUAUUUAAGUUUCUCAUUUGCUGAUACAAGAAUCUCUUGUUCCUACUUCCAAAUGCAAAAGCAUAGUUGUAUCCUAGCAUUAUCUGAAUGUCAUGAUGGCUGUGUUCUCCCCUUAUACAAUAGAUUGCUGGACAUUACCAGCCUAGAACUUUGAAUUCCAGUCUCUGACUUCAAAUGGAAAGGGGCUUCAUGGAGCAUGAUCAGCAUGGGUUGUCAGGUAACAUCAGGGGCCAGAGAUAGCAGGAUGGUAUUUUAAGGAGCCCUAAGCCCCAACGACAGCUGAGCUGUACAACAUCCUGUUUUCUUCCUGAUCCCUGGAGGGAUUUCUUUGGAUUCCAUGUCACCUGUUGAUCCUUCAUCAUUCUUGCACAGAUGCAUGACUCAAUCCUUUUCCUCUCAGAAGAGAGGACAGAUCAUAGCUGCACCAGAUGCAAAUUUGUACAAUAAUUCACCUUCUUUGCCUUUAACCUUCUUUGUCAAAUGAAUGUAUCACUCACACCUUGCUUUUAAAAGUAGUGGUUGUAAGGGAUGAUGGAGAAAACCAAAUGAAUAGAAAAGAAACUGGUUUACUUUUCUUGGGGAUGAGAAAAACUGUUCUUGAAAGAUAAGAACACAAGUGGGCAAGUUGAUUGGAUAUUUGAUGUCAUUGUAACCACAUUUGUCCUAAGAUAUCCCACGUACCAAUUAUUAUCAUACCCAUUAAAGUUGUUUUAAGUGCGUA